AUGAAGGACCGCCGCGGCGGCGCCGGCUUCCCCUUCUCCAUCGGCUGCAUGUCGCAGUCCGCCGUAGCUGUUGCCGACCCGCUCGACAAGAAGCCGCAGGCGCCAGCGCCACAGCAGGCUGACACCCCCUCCUCCUCAUCCACCAACACCACGGCGGCCACCGUACAGGAACACCUACCGGGGUCUAUUUCAGAGAGAGGCGCCGGAGAAGAAAGCAGCGAGGACAAGGCGAGAACCACGGCGGCGGCGUCAGGGGUCGUCACGGCGGGGGUGCAGCGGCUGCUCAGAGGGAUCAAGACCUUCUUCGCGACGUACGACGGCGAGGAGGAGGACGAGGAGGAGGAUAGGGAGAUCGUGAUCGGGUACCCCACCGACGUGCAGCACGUCGGGCACAUCGGCUGGGACGGGAUCAACAAGGUGGGCGGCAUGGUCGGCGCCUUCUCGCUGCCCUCCUCCCUCUCCCUCCGCCAGCUCGAGAUCGCCAUGGACCCCGGCGCCGCCACCACCACCUGCAUCAACUGA